CGAGCGCUGCCGGGGACGGCCGCCGCACUUGCCCAGUCCGGCCACUUUCUCUCGUCCCUGCGACCAAGCCGGGCUGCGCUCCCGCUCCCGCUCCCGCUCCCGCGGCACACGUCUCUCGUUCCUGUCCACCGGUUCGGUAAAGCGGCCGAGGUCUUACGAAGACCGCUUCAAGCCCGGACGAGCCAAAGGCUCCUAUCGGCCGACGAGUUUACUGGCGGGUCGCCGAGCUAAAGCCGGACUAGUCGCCCCCCCCCCGGAUGACUCGCUUCGUGUUGUAGCCUCAACCCCCCUCCCCGAUACUCGGAUCCAGGAUCAACCAGCGACUCCCGGUUGCUGAUCGCUGAAGCAGGAAAACGGCUUCGCAACUCAGGUAGCAAGAAGGGAAAACCCAUCGACGCCCCAGAACAUGGAGUCCACAAAGGCUGGUGGUGUAAUAGCCUACAUCAGCUCCUCCAGCUCUGCAUCCAGCCCCGAGUCCUGUCACAGCGACUCCUCCAAUGGCAGUUAUCAGUCCUCAUCUCCGCCUCAUGGCUCCCCCCCGAGCCGUGGCCAGGGACCAGCAGCUGACCCAACUCUCCCAGUGGUUGGCCAAACCCUCCCUACAUCUCAGAGAACAGGGCGCUCUUCCUCCACUGCGAAAUGUGGCAUCACAAAAAUCAACGGCCUGGUUCUGCUGUGUAAAGUGUGUGGUGACGUUGCCUCUGGAUUUCACUAUGGGGUACAUGCCUGUGAGGGCUGCAAGGGCUUCUUUAGGAGGAGCAUCCAACAGAACAUCCAGUAUAAGAAGUGCCUUAAGAAUGAGAGCUGCCCUAUUAUGAGGAUCAACAGGAACCGCUGCCAGCAGUGCCGCUUUAAGAAGUGUCUCAUGGUGGGGAUGUCGAGAGAUUCUGUGCGUUUUGGCCGUAUCCCCAAACGGGAGAAGCAACGCAUGCUGCUUGAGAUGCAGAGUGCCAUGAACAACAUGAUGAACAACAGUCAGCUACACAGCCAGCUGGAAAGCAGCCAGCCUCUCCCCCUCGCCAAACCGAUGACAGCUUGCCCUGUAGAGCCAGGUUCAGAAGAGACCGGCCCCACCUCUUCCUCCUCACCCUCUUCCUCGCCUCAUUCCAGCCAAUCAGACUCCAGCUCCGAUCCUGAGCCUGCUGUUGCAAUGGACACCAGCCCCAGCUCGAGCUCGUCCAACGCGUCCGACAGUGGGGAGGAGGAGGUGAUCGGCACAGUAACCAGGGCCCACAAGGAGACCUUCAUGUACAACCAGGAGCAGGCUGGUCCAGCUGCUGAGGACCACAGCUCCCCCCGUGUGGAGGACAAAAGCACCGACAUCGGCAACAACAUGACCAAUAGUAUAAUAGAAGGGAGGCAGGAGGCAUGGAACCAGCAGAACAACUUAGUCACCAUCGCAUCCCAAGAUGCUUCCUCUGCCUCUGGUCCCCAAGGUCCCAUGGCUGUUCAUCAGGAGGACAGCCCCCCCAGCCACUGCUCAUAUAGACUGCCUUACAGUUCAGCCAGUGGCCACUGCCCAGCGUAUACUCGUGGCUCAUUCAGAGCUCAUCAAGUGGAAGCCCCCUUCAAUGGGAACAUUGGAGGACCCCAAUGGAGAGGGGGCAACAGGAUGCAUCUCGUGUGUCCAAUGAAUACAUCUCCUCGUGUGGACCCUCACAAGUCCGGGCAUGGUGUCUGGGAGGAGUUCUCUCACAGCUUCACUCCUGCUGUCAGGGAAGUGGUGGAGUUUGCCAAGAAGAUCCCUGGCUUCAGGGAUCUCUCCCAGCACGACCAGGUCAGCCUGCUCAAGGCUGGCACCUUUGAGGUGUUAGUGGUGCGGUUUGCUUCCCUGUUUGACGUGAAAGAUCGGACAGUGACCUUCCUGGGCGGAAAGAAGUACAGCGUUGACACCCUGCGGGCCAUGGGUGCUGGCGACCUGCUGAACUCCAUGUUUGACUUCAGUGAUAAGCUUACAAACCUCGGCCUGAGUGAGGAGGAAAUGAGCCUGUUCACUGCGGUGGUUCUGGUCUCAGCAGAUCGCUCCGGGAUUGAGAACGUGAACUCGGUGGAGGCUUUGCAGGAGACGCUGAUCCGAGCACUGCGGAGUCUCAUCACCAAGAAUCAUCCGAACGAGUCGGCCAUUUUCACCAAGCUUCUUCUCAAACUGCCUGACCUGCGUUCUCUCAACAACAUGCACUCUGAGCAGCUGCUGGCCUUCAAGGUCCACUCAUGAAGUCACACCCAGUCCCGUUUACCUGGCUCAAGCCCUACUGUGGAAGCAAUGGGGCCUGGAGGCUGAGUUUGCUGCUGCAGCCAGUUGCGUAGACUGCCAACUCGCUUCACCUCCACAGAAUGGGCUCCCCAUUCUGGCCCUGCUCUUAAUGAGAUCUCGCUCCUCCCCUGACAAAGCUGAGCUAGUGGGCCGUUAUGCUAUUUGAAACGGGGAAAAGACAAUAAAACGUCAUCGUACUGUAGGGCUGAAAGUGCCUGUGUUGUGGUAAUGCAUACAUACAGACACAUUGAUGUAUAUGUUUCUCGUUGUGUUUGUGUGUAGCAAAUAUUUGCAACUGUACAAAUGUUAGGUGCACCUUUUUUGUAUAGUGUAGACUUGUAUUUUCGCAUUGGUAGUGCAAUACGUGACUGCUUUGACUUAAGUUGUAUAGAUUUUCUUCAGUUGUGUAUUAUUCUUUAGGUUGUGGUGGCACACAUUGCUUUCGACUGGUGGUGCUCUUAUCAAAUGUAGGCAGUUGUGUACACAAACCCCUUUGACGUUGAAUGACUUCAGAGGAGAGUCGAGACUCCUCUCUAAAAACAAACUGUAGACGGCAACGAGAGAAUGUGGAAGUAAACCCGUGAGCAAAGGAGUCGCUGCGGUAGAAUUUGUACUUGUACCUCCUCAGAAAUUGUUUAGCGGUUCGCCCGGUCCAUGCGAAUCAAUGUGGAAACGACACCUUGACGAGGAUAAUGAGGGCAAUCUUACGUCAGUCACCUGGUAAACGUGUGUGUGUGUGUGUGUCAGUUGAGGGUCUUUUUUUUUUAAUGUGUCAUUUGCAUCGUGACAAAUCAGAGUGUAUUGAACUGCAGUAUGUCACGCUGUACCGACUGACGGUAUUGAUUGGUAUUCCUGGGAUUGAUGAAAUCAAUUAAUGGGAACACGCUGAACCAAUGAAAUGAAAUGUCCACACUUGUUUAUGAAUAUGUCCCUUUGUAAUAUUUACUUAAGAGAAAAUGUUGUUUCUCAGUUCCCGGUUUCUCCGGUCUUACCUUAGUGGUGUCGUGUUUUCUUGUAACCCCGAACGUGUCGUGUUUUUUUGUAAUGGUCUCGGAAGGGAGGAUGAGCAUUACCGGAACAUUGAUCCAGUGUUUUCUUGCAGGCACCAGCAACUCCCAACUUCCUCUCUGCUGCGCUGCAUUUACCAACUGUACAGACGACAUGUGUGUAGUAACGGAAUAUAUAGCAUUAUCCGCAUACGGUAUGAUUGUAUUAUUGCUAAGGUGAUUGUAACUUAAUGAAUAAGCUGAGGUGAGGUAAUGGCUGAGUUGCUGGUUGUUGGAUUGACAUUGCCAUCAGUUGUUGCAUUUUGUUCUGCUUUUUUCCCCAAAAUGUCUUAACCGCAGUGUGGAUAAUCAGCUUCAAUCCUUGUUAGCAUUGCGAAGAUGUGGUUCAAAUCUUUAUGUGAAAGGAUGUGUAGAUUUAUAUAUAUAAAUAUACAUAUACAUAUAAAAUACUAUUAUUCAUACAUAACUAUAGAUGAAUAUAUCCAUAUAAAUAAAUUUUUUAAAUGCAAA